AUGUCAUAUAUAAUAGACGUCAACUUAAAAGAGAACCAUCCAGCUAUCCUUCGAAGAGAUAUAGCAAAAGAUAAAAAAGCAAUGAUUGAGGCCUGCAGUGACAAAAAUAUUAUAAAAUUUCUUUCUAAAUCUUUUGCAAAUAAAAGCAAAAAAAUAGAAAAUAAAGAAGAAAUUGAUGACAGUGAUGAAGAUAUUUUUCAAAAUGCAGUGUAUGAUGGUGAAGUCUUAACUUAACUUAAUUAUAUAUAACGUUUAACAUCCACUACGGAGUCACCGAUCCAGGGCUAUCACCAUAUUUAUCCACGUGUCGUGCCCAUGGACCUCAUGAUCGAUCCAUUUUGUUCACCAGGGCAUGGGCAAAUACGAUGUUCCGGCUUCGACGGGCUGCUUUCGCCUCGCUUAUCAUUGAUUUAGCUCCUGCGCGUGCUCCGCCUAAGGGACACCUUCCUCGGGUUUGCUGAGAGGUAAAACUUCGAGCCUCUUGAUGACUCUAAGCAGUGCCUCAGCUUACUUGCCAUAGUUAAAUUGCUGUUGCUGUACAGACCCCUUCGUGUGUGUGAACAAAAAAUUUUGUUCACUCACGGAGGGGGGUUAAUUUUUUUUUUUUUAUAUAUAAAUUUUAUAAAACAUCUUUUUUUUCGAAAUUUAAAAAAAUCCUAAUUCACAAAAAUUGGAAAGCAAAUAUUAAUUUAAUUUAUAAAAUUUAUGUUUUAAAAAGCAAUUCGUUUAAAAUUAAAGAGAAUUAGCUCUAGAUUUCAUUAUACUAAUUAUCAUUUAUAUAUCAAAAUUUUUUUCCAUAAAAAAUUUUUCUAUUAAAACAAUUUUUGUUCACUCACGGAGGGUGGGCUUUUGGGCAAAAAAUAGCGAUUUUUCUAAUGGUUUUGUUCACUCAUGGGGGGGGGGUGUUAGAAAAAAAAACCUAACCCCAUAAUAAAAUUUGCUUGAGAGAGAGAAAAUUAGCGGAGUUAAUUUCACUCGAGAGCUGAAUUUCAUUUUAUUUAUGUAUGAUGGUGAAAUCAAUGAUGAAGUUAGUAUGAUUGGAGAAAGAGAUCCAGAAGAAGUAAUCAAAGAAUUGAGGUCAAAAGAGAUUGAAAAUUUUGAUACAAUUAAAGAUGAUAAAAAUAAACUUAUAUUCAGCCCUGUAAUGAUAUUUGAUAGACAAAAUGAAAUUAAGCUUGCCCAAAAACAAUACGAAGAAGAAAAGAAAAAAAUACCUUUCAAAAGGCCAAAUCCUUAUAAUCCAAAUUAUUCUAGAGCAUCAAACGACUUCAAAACUCCUCAAAAUAUCAAAGAAGACAGAAUAAGUAAAAAACCAAAAUUGAAAGAAUAA